AUGAAGUCUAUGAAGCUACAAGAAUUGAUCAGUCUUCAAACACGCCUGAUAUUAUUAAGAUUAAAAGACAAGCCUAGUAAGGGUGUUUACCGCGAAAUAUAUAAUCUAUCGCAAUUAGAAGACUGCAGGAGCACGCCCAGACUUCUAGAUCACGCUGUCGAAAAACAAGACUCUAGCGAUGAACUGCCAGGCGGCUUUAUCAUGGACCUUGAAGAUGUCGAGCAACAUACAAAUCUAACCAAGGAUGAUGUAUGUCUGGUCGCAUUAGAACAAUUAGAGUACUGGAGUCUAAUUGAAGGACAACAUAACGGUGCACUUCUCUUCCACAAGGACGAACUAUUGGAGGAUUUGAAAGCGCGACUUUAUAAGCAGUGA